UUUGCAGGCUGAAAUCAUCGGUUAGCUUCCUUACUCGACCAGAUCGACCAAAUCUAGCUUAUCAUAAGCUGAAGGGCAGAAAUCCAGGGAUUAUUUUCCUUCCAGGCUUUAAUUCAAAUAUGAACGGUCAGAAAGCAAUUGCCCUUGAGGAUUUUUGCAACUCUCUAGGUCAUGCCUUCAUCAGAUUUGACUAUACGGGAUGUGGAAGUUCGAAUGGUAACCUCGAGGAGUGCACAAUUGGGAAAUGGAGAAAGGAUGUUCUGUCUAUACUGGAUGAACUUACAGACGGACCACAGAUUCUGGUGGGCUCCAGCUUAGGGGGAUGGCUGAUGCUUCAUGCCGCAAUGGCACGUCCAGAUAAAGUAGCUGCUCUAGUUGGAGUCGGUGUAGCAGCGGAUCAUCUUGUAAGAACCUUUAACAGGCUUCCCAUUGAGACCCAAAAAGAAAUAGAAGAAAAAGGUGAAUGGAAAUUGCCAACAAAGCAUAGUGAGGAAGGCUAUUACUCUCUGACAUAUGACUUCAUUAGAGAAGCAGAAAACCACUGUGUGUUGAAUAGUCCUAUUCCUGUAACAUGUCCCAUAAGACUUAUUCAUGGCAUGAAGGAUGAUGACGUCCCUUGGCAAAUCUCUAUGCAAGUUGCUGAUCGUGUUCUGAGCAAAGAUGUGGAUGUUAUCCUCCGCAAAGUUGGCCAACAUCGUAUGAGUGAGAAGGAAGAUACGAAACUUCUUGUGAAUACUGUUGAUGAUUUAAUCGACAAGCUGACAACACUAGCAUGAGCUGUAUGGUAGCAUAAUUGCAUGAACUCUGCACCUGACUCUUUUCCAUGAGUAGUGGAAACCCUGUUCUUAAAAAAACUCCUGCCAGGGUUGUGACUAUCACAGUAAGAAUAGGAGCUUUAACUACUGUUUCCUUAUAUCUGUUUUGUAAACACAGAUAUUUUUAUUAAUGCUGUAUUUGCACAGAUAGUUCAAAAUGUGAAGAGAGUGCUGCUGUUUGUUUCAAAAUCUCUCCUUCACCACUUAUACCUUUUUUUAGCACGAGCUUCCUACACUGUUUUGUACCGAAACGCGCUUACCUUUCUUAUUUCGUGCCAGUGGUUCAUUUUAUUACUACUUGGCCUGUACAAUACAACUUAAUUUCUCAUUUCUUUGACACCUUUGUAGAAUUGUGCUUUAUGCUCUAGCAUUCUUGUUUUAUGUCUGAAACCUUUCUGUGCAAGCCAAAAUACAACAUAAGUGUUUAGCAAAGUUAUUGUCAUUAGAAACAGAGUAAGUAAACAUGAAGUGUAAUAAACUGAUUUCAAAUCAAAUGAUGAUAUUUUCCUUAAAUAGUGUUAAAAUUGUAAAACAAAAGGCAUGUAAAGCCCUGAUGGUGCGCUUGGAGGAAGGAAGGAAGAAGUUACUUUGGAUUUGUUUAGAGUAGAUCAAGACUAAGUUUUACAGACAUAAAUACCCAUAGGCCUGUUGUGGGGCUGCCACAUAUAUGAGAAUCGCGUUAUUGCUGUCUUAAGAGCCUAAGAAAGCAGUGCCUCGAAGUGUGAGUCGAUUUCUCUUAUCUAUACUUAUAAGUAGGAUUGAUAUCCUCUUCUCCAGGCUACCUUUGUGUAACAUUUGAUUUGUGAGACUACUUAUUAAGGGAAUAAUAUAUAAUCUUUGUAUAAAGCAAACUGAAAUUAGAUCAAUAUUGUGGCCCAUUUCUAUAGUAAUUGCUUAAAAGUAAGGAGUAUGAGAUCAUAGGGCCUCACUGCCUCCCUUCUAUGUGUGGAUUAUCAGGAGUAGUGUCUUUUGGAGUUAACUUGAGGUGCACAAUUGCAAACAGGAACAACUUUUAGCUGAAACUUAAAGGUAAUAGUUGGAUAGUUCUUGUAACAUGGAUCACUUAGAAUUUUAAUAGUCUGUGGAUUUAAUGGGACUGUCACCUGUCCUUUAUUCAAAAGUAAGGUGUCAUUCAUACCUUUGGAAUAGAGAACAGAACUUAGAUGAGAGGUUGGAAUUAGUUCAGUUUGCCUUAAUGUGAAACCUCAGUCAGAAACAUUUAGUAAUUUCUGGCUUUGCAGUUUUAAAUAGAAAGUGGCAUUGCUAUUGAUACCUAGAAAACUAAGGCUUCUAGGGGCAAGAUAUUUCUAUAGGAGCUAUCUUUUUAGUGUUAGCGUCCUCAGUAGAAGUUCAUUGUGCAGAGCUUUGCUGAAGUACUGAUUUAAUAAAAUGAGAAAAAUUACAAAAAAAUAAAUUUUGAUGACUUCUUUGGAAGUAGGGUUUUAUUUAGGCUUCGACACUACAAAAACCAAGAAGCUGUGAUGUGAAACUUCUGGAUCCUGGUAUGAGGCUAAAAGAGACCGCUCUAGUUCAAAAGGAAGCUACAGUAAGGUUAUAGUAUAGAUGUGACCCUUCUAAUUUGAGUGGACUACUUUGCUGAUUCAAUUCAUUUAGCUCAGGAAUAUCUGUCUUAGGAAUUACAUCAUUCCAUGGAAUGUUGUUUCCAAGUACUUCUGGUUUCUGAAGGGAGUAGACAAUUUUUGCUGUCAGGAUGAAUAUGCAGUUCUUUACUUUCUUAAGCUUUGAAAACUCUUAACUACAUAUUUUUGAGGAAAAAUUAAUAAGAUGGCUUAUGAAAACUGUGCACCCACUUCCAGUCCUGAAGCUCGAUUUGUGUUCAUCUUUGUGUUGUUAAACAGUUGUCUUUAUAUGCAUUCAAAUAACUUGCAUUUAACACAACCUGAAAAAUAGAUUUGUGAGAUUUUUAAAAAGACAGUCAAAUCAAAAUUAAGUUACUUUAAAACUUUCUGCUAUUAGUUUAUCUAUGGCAACUUCUUUUUUGAUUCACUUGUCAUGUCUUAGAUUGCUUUGUCUCUUAAAGGAAGAAAUAGAUGAAAAGAAGGAAGCAGAUUGCAGUAGUUCAGAAUUGCUUCAAUUUUAAUUAAGGCACAAAGUUAUCAAUUGUAAUAGAUGUAUUUUCUUUCACAUGUAUUAAAU